CCUUGGGAUCCUGGCCUGUACCAGUGGCUUACUGGAGACAAAUCAAUUGACUUGCUUCAUGUCACAUCACAUAUUGGGCCAUUCAGAUGGCCGCACGUCCGGAGAGUCUCGCUUUAGCAGGCGUUAGCCCCAAUGCAUCAAGCUGCAGUUACAGUCAUGAUAGCGAUGCGUCUCUACGACUUUCUCCUUUUUGUGGCCAAGAUCGUCUCGACGUCGACUCUCGAUGGAUGAUCGACUCAGCUGGACCACGACUCAGCUUCAGUGUGCACAAAAUAGUACAACCGACACAUUUCCCGGCAGCGAUGAGGAUCGUUGCCAGUUGUAUGCGCGAACUCGUGAGGCAACUCACCAAACUGACCGGUCAGUACCCAAUGCAUAUGCGCAUCUAUACAUAUCUGUCAGCCCCUCAAUCUGGUUCUGUGAUUGGAACGAAGAUUUUAUGCCAAGGAGUUAUUACAGGGGUCUAGAGCUUCGCCAAAGUUGUAUCGAGAUAGGUAGUCAUUUGGAGGCGUGUGGUUCCGUUUCUCCCAAUGCUAUGGAAUCUCGCCUCCAACUGCAGCCAGCUUGAGGCGUUUGGGCUGGACGGAGUCGAUCCUUUUCUAAUGCUCUAUUCGCCUAUUUUGGCUAGAUUCUCUCCCAAGAUCUCGGUGGCUGAAUUUC